AUGAGAAUGCCCAGAAGAGGCUUAGGAAUUCAAGCCAGGACUCGUUGGCUAUUAGUGGGCCUUGCUUUACUGUUCAGUUUGGUCUUGCUCAUGUAUUUGCUUGAGUGUGCUCCACAAACGGAUGGUAAUGGAUCUCUCCCUGGUGUCAUAGGCGAAAACGUGGGUAAAGAAUACUAUCAAGCUCUCUUGCAGGAGCAAGAGGAGCAUUAUCAAAACCGAGCUACCAGUCUGAAGCGUCAGAUUGCCCAGUUGAAGCAAGAGCUUCAGGAAAUGAGUGAUAAAUUGAAAUCCCUGCAGGAAAAGAAGACCCCCAAGGUCAAUGGUGUGAACUACCAGGGUACCAAAGAACAAGCAUCCAGUGAUCUCCUAGAGUUUCUUCAUUCCCAGAUUGAUAAGGCUGAGGUGAGCGUGGGGGCCAAGCUGCCUAGUGAAUAUGGUGUCAUUCCUUUUGAAAGCUUUACGUCCGUGAAAGUAUUCCAGUUGGAGAUGGGGCUCACUCGGCAUCCAGAAGAGAAACCUGUUAGAAAGGAUAAGCGAGACGAAUUGGUGGAAGUUAUUGAGGCUGGCCUAGAAGUUAUAAAUAAUCCAGAUGAAGAAGAUGGACAAGAUGAAGAUGGAGUAGGAGAGAGGCAGCUGUAUAGUGAAAACGAUUUCAUAGAAGGUUACUAUCGUACAGAAAGAGAUAAGGGGACACAAUAUGAGCUGUUUUAUAAGAAGAUGGAUGGCAUGGAAUACAGGCAUGUCACCUUGUUCCGACCUUUUGGACCCCUCAUGAAAGUGAAGAGUGAAACAGUCGAUAUUUCUAGAUCAAUCAUUAACAUUAUUGUCCCUCUUGCUGGAAGAACUGAGGCAUUUGCACAAUUUAUGCAAAACUUUAGGGAUGUGUGUAUUCAUCAGGAUAAGCGCAUUCACCUCACGGUGGUGUAUUUUGGACAAGAUGGCCUGUCAGAAGUAAAAAGCAUCCUAGAAUCCGUAGCUAGAGAAACUAACUUCCACAAUUACACGCUCGUCUCUCUGAAUGAGGAAUUUAACCGAGGCCGGGGACUCGACAUGGGUGCCAGAGCCUGGGAAAAGGGCGAGGUCCUGAUGUUCUUCUGUGAUGUUGAUGUUUAUUUCACAGCCGAGUUCCUCAACAGUUGUCGCUUAAAUGCUGAGCCUGGGAAAAAGGUUUUUUAUCCUGUGGUGUUCAGCCUUUAUAAUCCUGCUAUUGUCUAUGCCAACCAAGACAUACCACCUCCUGUGGAACAACAAUUGGUACACAAGAAGGAUUCUGGUUUCUGGCGGGAUUUUGGCUUUGGGAUGACUUGUCAAUAUCGGACAGACUUUCUGACUGUUGGGGGUUUUGACUUGGAAGUGAAAGGCUGGGGCGGUGAGGAUGUUCACCUCUACAGAAAGUACUUGCACGGUGACCUUAUUGUGGUCAGGACGCCAGUCCCUGGGCUCUUCCACCUGUGGCACGAGAAGCAUUGUGCAGACGAACUCACUCCAGAGCAGUACCGUAUGUGUAUCCAGUCCAAAGCCAUGAACGAGGCCUCUCACUCGCACCUUGGGAUGCUGGUCUUCAGGGAGGAGAUCGAGACUCACCUCCGUAAGCAGGCUUACAGGACUAACAGCGAAGCGGCGGGUUAGAUGUCACCCCCCCGUGAUGUUCGAUGACUUCAAAUUCACAACCAGCAUCAUUUUACAGCCUUAAUUCAGCUUAAAAAUG